GCAUAAGUCCCUAGUGGAAGGUUCGGUUUAUGCAAUAAUCCCUAGCAAUUGUCGUCAUCGCGCAAGAGCGCCUAGCGUACGGUUCUUUUCUCAUCGCGUCCGCAAUCCUCCACCGUUUUCAACAAUGGAUGGUCUAGACGACUUUGAAAAGCAACUCGCUGCCGAAAAGGCUGAGCGAGAACGAGCGGAAGAGCGCAAACACCGUAAACACCGCCAUCAUCACCGAGAACGGUCUGCUGAUCCCGACGGCCGUGGCCAUCGACACCACAGACAAAGAUCACGCGACCGAGACCAUGACGAUGAUGGACACCGACAAAAGCGCUCCAGGCGAUCUCGGGAUGAUGAGGAAGAUUCCAAAGACCACAGGCCUCAUCGUCACCACGGGCGCGAAUCUGGUAGACAUUCCCACUCGAAAACGUCAGACUCCAAGGACGAUCUACCGCUGCCCGAUGAGGAGCUCUCAAAAUCUGACUCUAGAAAGUCGGUUAGAGAUGGCUGGAUGACAGAUCCAUCAGCUCUGGGUGUCGACUACACGCAGCGCGGCGCAAAACGCGAGAAAACGCCACCGCCGAAGCAAGAGCCGCAGCGGUCCAUACAUUCCCGGGAAAUCAAUGUGUCGCACUUGCAAGCUCUGAAUGAUGGAACAUCCGUGGCAAGCAACAACCUUGGCUUGCCAGCGCAACACGAGACAGACUACACCUUUGGCGACGAUGGCUCUCAGUGGCGUAUGACCAACCUCAAAACUGUAAACGACAUCGCAAAGCGGACAGGACGCCCAAUUGACGAGGUGGCCAUGGAGAGAUAUGGCAGUCUGCGAGACUUUGAUGAUGCGAGGGAAGAGAGGUUGGAACUCGAUAGGCGGGCCACCUAUGGCGAGGGGUACGUUGGAAAACAGAAGCCCAGUGGUGAACUGUUCCAAGAGCGAAAACUGGAUGCAGGCAUUCACGAAGAGCGGAGACACUCCGCGUUACCCACAGAGCUCGAACAAGGAAGGAUUAUUCCAGAUGCCGUAUCAGGUGCUCCUGCCAUCCGAGUAGACCAGACAACGCUGAACAAGAUGAGAGCAAACUUGAUGAAGGCGAAGCUACGGAAAGCUCCAGAUGCCGCUAAACUUGAAGCUGAGUAUAACGAAGCAGCCGCAGCAUUUGCAGUCAAGGGCCCCGAAGCAGUUGUCUUGAACGUCAUGGAAAACCGUCUAUUAGCUGGCCAACGUGGGGAAGCGAAGGCUGUGGAGACAAAGCGUGGCCGUCAACGAGGACACAUGGAAGAAAACGACGAGAUGACCAUUGAAGAUAUGGUUCGGGAGGAACGGCGAACGCGAGGCCAGACGGGAGGGGAUGGUCUACGACUUGCAGAACGCAUCGCCAAGGAUGGCAAAUUUGACAAUGACUUGGAGUAUAUGGACGAGAAUGCCGAGAAGCUUGCAAGGCGAGUUCAAAAGUCCGAGAUCAACUUGAAAAACAUGGCAGUCAACGAAUUUCAAAAGGUGAAUAAAAUCCUCGACAGCUGUCAGUUGUGUUAUCAUGAGGACCGAAAUCAGCAGCCCGUUGCUCCGGUUGUAUCCCUUGGCACGAGGGUGUAUCUCACGUUGCCGACGGAGCCAGAAAUCAGCGAUGGAGGUGCCGUCAUCGUUCCCCUCCAACAUCGAAAGAACCUCCUCGAAUGCGACGAUGACGAGUGGGAAGAGAUCCGCAAUUUCAUGAAGAGUUUGACACGCAUGUAUCAUGAUCAGGGCCGGGAGGUCAUCUUCUAUGAGAAUGCGGCUGCACCUCAAAGGCACAUGCACGCCGCGAUGCAAGCGGUUCCAAUUCCAUAUGAUCUCGGCGACACAGCACCGGCAUUCUUCAAAGAAGCCAUGCUUUCUGCUGAUGAGGAGUGGUCGCAACACAAGAAGAUUAUUGACACGGGGGCCAAAGCCAGGAGUGGCCUGGGUAAAAUGGCUUUCAGAAGGUCAAUUGCAAAGGAGGCGCCAUAUUUCCAUGCCUGGUUUACCAUCGAUGGAGGCCUGGGCCAUGUGGUUGAAGACAGCAACCGCUGGCCUAGGGGCGAUCUCUUCGCAAGGGAAAUCAUUGGGGGUAUGUUGGAUAUUGGGCCUGAUGUGAUCAAAAGGCAGGGCCGCUGGCACAAAGGUGACAGGAGGGAGGAUGGCUUCAAGAAGAGGUGGAGGAAGUUUGACUGGACUAGAGUCUUAACUGACGAAUAGUAAUAGGGGCAUUUGCUGCCCCAUCGGCAGGUUCCAGUCUUGGCGAAAAUGUAUAUCCCAGCAGAAUAGGAAGACACCCUCAAUGAUACCAUUAUGG